ACCUGGCCAGCAGAGACUGCCUGAAGAGACGGUGACAGGCACUGCGAGCAAAGCUGAACAAGCUGGAAAAAAAAAGGGGCUUAAGCAGGUGUAGUCCCUGAAACCAGAGAUUAGUUGUAAAUCCGGAUCCUUCUUUACAAACUGUGGUUGUUUCUGGUUACAAGCAGCAUCUCAACAAGGGAAAAAUGUAUGAGGUCUGUUCCUUUUCCCCCUCUCUCUGUGCUGAACUUGGAUUAAUCUUCCCUUUUUGAAUUCUUCAGGCUUGAUCGUUUUAUUUCAUUAAAUGAUCGGGAAUGUUGUCAGGCUGUGAGCAGAGUGGGGUGAGGGUUAACCCAGGGGUCUCAGCAGAGGGGUUAUUAUAUAUAUAUACACCUAUAUAUAUGUGUGUGUGUGUAUAUAUAUAUACACACACGCAAUCAGCUUAUUGUAUUUAUCGCCCUGCUCCAGGGACUAGUCCGCUCUUGCCUUCCCUGAUGCAGCAGAUGAAGCAUUUCGGCCCCUUGUGAUUUUUAUUACUUCGGGGGUUUUUAGCGCUUAAGCCAUUUUGGGCGGGGGGGGCGGGGCUACGAGCGACCCCGCCCCUCCGCCUCGUGGCCACGCCCCGCCACCUCCAGACAGGCGCGGAGCGCACAGCUACCCCGCAUGCGCAGCAAACAGGGGCGGGCCUUCCCCCCCGCCGCGCACCCACCAAUGGCAGCGGUGCGGCGCGGCGGCGGCAGCCAAUGGGCGGCGGCGGCGGGGUCGUUGGGCGGCUGGAAAUGGCGGCGGCGGCGAGCGGCGCUGAGGGGGCGGCGGCGGGCGGCGAGAGCGGUCCGAGCGAAGCGGCAGCCCCGGGCCGCGCCCAGAUGUUCGCCACCGUGGUGGACACCUUCCUCGAGAAGCUGGUGGCCGCCGGGAGCUACCAGAGGUUCGCGAACUGCUACCGCUGCUUCUACAAGCUGCAGCCCGAGAUGACCAGGAGCAUUUACGACCAGUUUAUAUCCCAGCUGCAGGCGUCCAUCAAGGAGGAGAUCCAGGAGGUGAAGAAUGAGGGAAAUCUGGAGACGGUCUUUAAUUCACUGGAUAAGAUCGUGGAGGAGGCAAAGAACCGAGAGGAGCCUGCGUGGCGUCCCAGCGGGAUCCCGGAGGAGGACAUUCGCAGCGCCAUGGUGCCGUACCUCCUUAAGCACCGGUCGUACUUGCAGAAAAUCCUGAAGGAGAAGGAGGAAGAAAACAGGAAGGUGGCAGAGUCGGUGCUUGCGGGGAGGGAUAGGAUUGCAGAGCUGCAGCAGCAGAUACAAGCUCGCAAACAUGCCUGGCAGGCAAUUAGUAAAGAGCAACGAGAACUCGUCAUGACAUUCAAGGAGCCCCAGUGAGGAGGCGGGGAGAUCCUGCGCGUUUCGUGGGGGGAGUUUAUCCUCGUCUCGGAAGCGCUGCCGACGCGGUGGGAAGCAGGACUCUCUGCGUGGCGUGUCCAAACCACUUGUGUUCAUCCUGUCGGGCCAGAAAAAAAACUUGCGGUGGGACUGAAAAGCUGCCGGACUUGUACAAUUUGAUCAAAGUUUGCAAAGAAAUAAAUAAAAAAAAAAAGAACGCA